CUUAUUUUAGACGUCCGAAGGUCGAGUUACAAUCUGGGGUGAUGGCACUUUUGCGGUGGCUGCCCGAGACUUUGGAACAGAUGGAGAUUACGAGAAGCACCUGAAGGCAGCACAGACAGAGCGUGAGGGCGAGAGCAAACUGACUGACAACGGGGGAAGGGGCGGCUCAUUGAGCGAUAGACUGGAUGGAGCGGAGAAAUAAAACCAGUUAGCUGAAGACGAAGUGAAAAGACAGAAAGAAGAAAGAGAAAACACGCUCGUGUUAUAAUCAGAGGCUGUGUCGCACGCUGAGCUGAGAGGAGCCACAACAAGCUGUGUCUGUGAUUUUUCACCUUGGCUGUGCGCGAGGAACAGAAGGAGCCAGUGGGGAGAGUUCACCGGCUUUUAUUUUUCCUCCUUCCCUGUCUCUCCCCCCUUUCUCUGCAACCCCCUGCCUCCUCUGAAUGAUUGAAGCCAUGCCCAUCGUGUCUGCAAGCACAGGGCUGCAUGAGACUUUGGCCCUGCUCACCUCUCAGCUCCACUCUGAUGCCAACCAUAAAGAGGACCUAGUCUUCCUCAAGGAUGUCUUCAGUGAGAAAAGCCUCAGUUACCUCAUGAAGAUUCAUGACAAACUGAAGCAAUAUGAGAAACACAGCCCGACUCCAGUUCUACAUAGCGCCACCUGUCUGGCAGAGGAUCUGGCAGAAGAGCUUCAGAACGGGCCGAUGGAGGACGAUGAGAGAGAACUGCUUCUCCUGCUGAGCACUCCUCACCUUAAGGCAGUGCUGUCCGCUCACGACACAGUGGCCCAAAAGAACUUUGACCCGGUGCUGCCGCCACUGCCAGAGGAUCUGGACAAUGACCUGGAGGAAGAGUCGGUCAAGAUCGUCCGCCUUGUGAAGAACAAAGAGCCCCUGGGAGCGACCAUCCGGAGAGAUGAAGCGACAGGAGCUGUAAUCGUGGCCAGAAUUAUGAGGGGAGGGGCAGCUGACCGUAGUGGUCUGGUGCAUGUUGGGGAUGAACUUCGAGAGGUUAAUGGAAACCUGAUAACCCACAAAAGGCCGGAUGAAAUUAGUCAGAUUCUGUCCCAGUCACAAGGCUCCAUCACCCUGAAAAUCAUUCCAGCUGUUGUAGAAGAAGACAAAAUGAAGGAAAGCAGGGUCUACCUUCGGGCUUUGUUUGACUACACGCCCUAUGAGGACAAGGCAACGCCGUGCCAAGAGGCGGGACUUCCUUUUAAGAGGGGGGACAUUCUUCAGGUUGUUAGUCAGGAGGACGCUACCUGGUGGCAGGCCAAGAGGAUUGGCGACUGUAACCUGCGCGCUGCCCUCAUCCCCUCUACACAGUUCCAGGAGAGGCGCCUGAGAUACAGAAUGAAAAUGGGUUCUUUCCCUGCCCCUAUGUCCCCCAAAGCUCCUGCAUAUGAUCGUGCUGGGAGAGAAGACUGUGACAGUGAGGGUGCUCUGAAUGGAAAGGACAUAGCUGGCCUGCGCAGAACUUUCCGCCUUAGUAAAGAUCGCCAGGGUUCACCAGGAGAACCUCAAACUCCAGAUGCCAAUCACACAGAGUUCCUGAUUUAUGAAGAAGUAACCCAAUAUCUGCCCCGCCCUGGUGAAAGGCCUCGUCUUAUAGUACUGAUAGGUUCCCUGGGAGCUCGGAUCACUGAGCUCAAACAGAAAGUGAUCGCUGAAUAUCCUCGACGUUAUGGUUUGGCUGUUCCUCACACCACUCGAGCCAGGAAGUGUAAUGAGAGGGAAGGAGUGGAAUACCACUUCAUCACCAAAGCAGCUUUCGAGACCUACAUCCAGAGUGGCAAAUUUAUUGAAUAUGGGGAGUAUAAAGAUAACCUGUAUGGCACCAGUUUGGAGUCCAUUCACAAAAUUUUGGAUCAAAACAAGGUCUGUCUGGUGGAUGUGCAACCCGAGGCACUGAAGACUCUACGUAAUGCUGAGUUCAAACCAUAUGUUGUUUAUGUAAGGCCUCAUAUUGAUGACAGUCAAAGGAAACCGCUUGGAUCUUCUUCCUCACUCAGCUCAGGAAUCACAGAGGAUGGCCUACAGGAAAUGAAACAGUCGGCUGAGCAGAUGGACAAGUGCUAUGGCCCCUGGGUGGAUUAUGUCUUGGUGAAGGAGGACCCAGUCAGUGCCUUAGCUGAGCUCCAGGUCGUACUGGAGAGGGUGCAGGUGGAGCGCCAGUGGGUGCCUGUGUCCUGGGUAAGGAGUUAGCCUGGUUCAAGUUGGAUCGGUGGACCACAGGUUAAACGCCGGAGGUUUGGAGUCAUCCAGUGUUUACUACCAUACCAACCAUUACACACACAUACAGGCUUGUGAUAGUUGGCUGAGUUACGGCAUCGCUGUAAAUGUCAAACGAGCCUUUGUUCUAGAUUCAGUGUAAAAUGGCAGUAGAACUGACAGGCAUUUAGCACAAGCAAGUCACUGAUGUAAGAUGUCUACUGUGAUGUAAAGUGCCAUAUUGAGCAUUUAUAAAGAUAAUUGUAACAUGAGAAUAAAUCUGCAGACCAGCUUGUCAUGCUUCUGUAUUAAAUAAGGGAAACCUGCAUCCGUUGGCACUGCUAUUUGAAAGCUGAGAAAUAAAACCCAUGCACCCUCCAGUA